GGCCACCCGACUACUUGACAUCUUAGGAUACCUGAGACUGGACUCCUACAUCUACUAGCACCUACACGUGUUCAGAAGAAGAGAAAGAAUAGGAAAGAGAAAAGGGAUGUGCCAGGACUUAAGAUGUCUUCGCAACGCUCUUCCAAUCUCUUCGGAGGGUGUACCCGCUUCCAAAAUGUCGCCUGCAGUCUUGACGUCACGCGGUUGGCUUCAGAAAGGCAGAAAGACAGCGCGCUCCAAUCAGGGCUCAGGCGCUGCACCCACUGCCCUCGAUUCACGUCACUUCCGGUGGUGCAGCAGCCAUUUUGUCAGUCGCCAGCGGAUCCCGCGCGCUGCAGAAGUGCAGUUCCCCCGGGUUACCAAGUCGUCCGUUCUCCCUUUCACGCUGCGGGAACCGAACGGAGAGCGCUCAUCACCGGCACAGCCGUUCUUCUCUACCGUGGCGCAGCUGCUGUUGCACCCGCCGGGAGUCAGUGCGCUGUCCUCCUCCCCCGACCCCCCCCCGACAGGCCCUCCUCCGGGAGCCGCCGUCAGCGAUGUCAAGCGAGGAGAGCUACCGGGCCAUCCUGCGCUACCUGACAAACGAGCGCGAGCCGUACGCGCCGGGCACCGAGGGCAAUGUCAAGCGGAAGAUCCGCAAGGCGGCCGCCUGCUACGUGGUGCGCGGCGGCACCCUGUAUUACCAGCGGCGGCAGCGGCACCGCAAGACCUUCGCGGAGCUGGAGGUGGUGCUGCAGCCCGAGCGCCGCCAGGGACUCAUCGAGGCGGCCCACCUGGGCCCCGGCGGCACCCACCACACCCGGCAUCAGACCUGGCACGAUCUUUCCAAGACGUACUGGUGGCGAGGUGGGGCUCGAACCGGCGUCCUUGGUCAUUGCAACAUGUGCACCCAACCAGGUGCGCCACCACCUGGCCCAAGGCAUAUUAAAACAAGUUAAAGAUUAUAUUAAACAGUGUAGCAAAUGCCAGGAGAAACUGGAUCGCUCCCGUCCAAUAUCAGACACUUCAGAAAUGCUGGAAGAAUUGGGACUGGACCUGGAAUCUGGAGAAGAAAGUAAUGAGUCAGAAGAUGACCUCAGUAAUUUUACUUCACCUCCAACUGCAGCCUCUAGGACUACAAAAAGGAAGCCAGUAUCCAAGCAUGAGCUUGUAUUUGUGGACACAAAAGGAGUGGUGAAACGAACAUCUCCAAAACAUUGUCAGGCUGUUUUAAAACAGCUGAAUGAACAGAGGCUCUCCAACCAGUUCUGUGAUGUUACUUUGUUAAUUGAAGGAGAAGAGUACAAAGCUCAUAAAUCUGUUUUGUCAGCUAAUAGUGAAUAUUUCCGGGAUCUUUUUAUUGAGAAAGGAGCUGUUUCCAGUCAUGAGGCAGUGGUUGAUCUUUCUGGUUUUUGUAAGGCAAGUUUCCUUCCCUUGCUGGAAUUUGCCUAUACUUCUGUGCUAAGUUUUGACUUCUGUAGCAUGGCUGAUGUAGCUAUCUUGGCUCGUCAUCUCUUUAUGUCAGAAGUUUUAGAAAUCUGUGAAAGUGUACAUAAACUAAUGGAAGAAAAGCAGCUAACUGUAUAUAAGAAGGGUGAAGUACAAACAGUUGCAUCUACCCAGGACUUACCAAAACAGAAUGGAAGUGCGGUGGCACCUGCUAUAGCUACCAGUGAAGGAGCUGCAGCAGCUCUGGCUCCUGAACUUGGAGACUGUGAGCUUGUAUUGCUGGUAAAUGGAGAAUUGCCAGAGGCUGAACAGAAUGGUGAGCCAGUGCAACAGCCUGAGCCCCAGGUUUCUUCAGAGACUGUAACUGCUCUGCCACCAGUAGAAUAUGUACCUGAUUCACACCCUGAAGUGGAGUCUAUGGAUUUAAUUACAAAAACCAAACAGACAGAGCUAGAAACUUCCAGCAGCAGAGAAGAUGGCACAGAUUCUACUAUUCAUUCUAAACUUCCAAAAGAGACUAUAGUUAGUUGCUCUCUAGAAGACAUUGAUAUGGGAAAUAAUCCAUCAACUGAAGAUCACGGUACUGAAGACAUUCCCGAUCAGAUGCAGCAUGUUGACCAGUCUCUAAAAGAUGAGGGACAUGCAGUGGUACCAACAUCAGAAACAGAUACAGGUCCUGAUGAUGAUACUUACAGAAGCAGACUUCGCCAGCGUUCUGUUAAUGAAGGGGGGUAUAUUCGACUACACAAAGGAAUGGAGAAAAGAAUGCAGAAACGGAAAGCCAUUCCCAAAUCAGCAGUUCAACAGGUGGCUCAGAAAUUGGUUCAGAAAGGAAAAAAAAUGAAGCAGCCAAAAAGAGAUGCAAAAGAGAAUACCGAAGAAGCAUCCCAUAAGUGUGGAGAAUGUGGAAUGGUUUUUCAGAGACGGUAUGCUCUUAUAACACAUACACUGAAACAUGAAAGAGCUAGAGACUACAAAUGCCCAUUGUGUAAGAAGCAGUUUCAGUACAGUGCCUCCUUGCGAGCCCACCUUAUUCGACAUACCAAAAAAGAUGCACCUGCUCCAUCCUCCUCCAAUUCUAAUGAGGCAUCAGGAUCAUCUGAGAAAGGCAGAACAAAGCGAGAAUUUAUAUGCUCUAUAUGUGGGAGGACAUUACCUAAAUUAUAUUCUCUUCGAAUACAUAUGUUGAAGCACACUGGUGUGAAGCCACAUGCAUGCCAGGUCUGUGGAAAGACUUUCAUAUACAAACAUGGUCUAAAAUUACACCAGAGUCUUCAUGAGUCACAAAAGCAGUUCCAAUGUGAAAUAUGUGUUAAGUCAUUUGUCACUCAGAGGAGUCUUCAAGAACAUAUGAGUAUUCACACAGGAGAGUCCAAGUACCUUUGCUCAGUUUGUGGGAAGUCUUUCCACAGGGGCUCUGGUCUCAGUAAGCACCUAAAGAAACAUCAGCCAAAGCCUGAGGUUCGAGGCUAUCAUUGCACUCAAUGUGAAAAAAGUUUCUUUGAAGCUAGAGAUCUUCGCCAGCACAUGAACAAACAUCUUGGUGUGAAGCCAUUUCAGUGCCAAUUUUGUGGAAAGUGCUAUAGUUGGAAGAAAGAUUGGUAUUCCCAUGUGAAGUCUCAUUCUGUCACUGAGCCUUACAGGUGUAACAUAUGUGGCAAAGAAUUUUAUGAAAAAGCAUUAUUUAGAAGGCAUGUAAAGAAAGCUACUCAUGGGAAAAAAGGAAGAGCAAAGCAAAACUUGGAGCGGGUAUGUGAGCAGUGUGGAAGGAAAUUCACUCAGCUAAGAGAAUAUAGAAGACACAUGAACAACCAUGGAGGUGUUAAGCCGUUUGAAUGCUUAACAUGUGGAGUAGCUUGGGCUGAUGCUCGAUCCUUAAAGCGCCAUGUCAGAACGCAUACUGGUGAACGCCCCUAUGUCUGUCCGGUAUGUAGCGAAGCCUACAUAGAUGCUCGAACACUGCGUAAACAUAUGACUAAGUUCCACCGAGAUUAUGUGCCUUGCAAGAUUAUGCUUCAAAAAGACACCCUUCAGUUUCAUGACCAAGGAACUCAAGUGGAACAUGCUGUUAGUAUCUUAACAGCAGACAUGCAGGAACCAGAGCGCAGUGGUCGUCAAGAAAUUGAGACUGUGGUAGUGACAGGGGAAACUAUAGAAGCUCUGGAAGCUGUUGCAGCUACUGAAGAGUGUCCAUUGGUAUCUACACUUUCUGACCAAAGUAUUAUGCAAGUGGUUAACUAUGUAUUGGCACAACAGCAAGGACAGAAGUUAUCCGAAGUUGCAGAAGCUAUUCAAACGGUUGAAGUAGAAGUGGCACAUAUUUCAGAAGCAGAAUGAAUAUGUAAAUGGAGAUUUUAAAAAGUGAUAUCUAAUGUAUACAGAACUUACAGAACGUUUGUUUACAUUACUAUGUGACUGUGCUCAGAGUUUGUAUGUCAGGGCUCUGGGCUAUUUGGUGUUAUUUAACAUUCCUAAACGGUUUGUCAAGCUAAUGGGUUCUACAAAAAAAGUUCAUUUACUAUAAAGAAUUUGAAGAAAGAAAAAAAAAACCCAAAUCUUUUGAUGGCAGUGGCUUAUCAUGGUUUUAAUGAAUUAUUGACAUUUAUAAAGAACCAUAGUAAAUUGAAAACUUGUCGGUUUCAUUUGCAUUUUGACAUUUAAUGUUUUGAGUUUAAAGUACCAUACCACUUUGUUUUUUCUCAAACACAGAGAUUCUGUGAUUUAAUUGCCACUUCAUGAAUUAAAAAGAAAAUUCUAAUAUAAAAUAUAUAGUAGGAUGCAUAGGUAUAUAACAUUUUUUAAAUGCUUCAAAUCUGUGAUUCUUGGCUUACUAUUUAUUAUAGCCCUUUAAGUCAGGGAUUCUUCAAUUUAAAGCACUUAAUGAGUUACAUCUUGUAAUCAAGUUUGCACUGUAUACUUACCUAUAUGAUGAACCUUUAAACGAGUAGCUGGUUUUUUAAUGCUUUAAAAUGCAUGAAAUGCCUAUUAAAGUCUUAUUAUACUAUCUCUUCAAGGCUAGCAAAUUGACUGUAAGCAAAAGGAGUUACUAACUACUGUUGAUGGGAACUUUCUCUUUGAUAAGAGGACCAUAAAUUUAAAAAUCAUAAUUUUGCUGGAAAAAAAUGAACAAGUUAAAGCCAGGUUUGGCAUGUUUGCAAAUUUUGUAUCAUGUUUAAUUGUUCAGUUUUGUUGAAAACUGCAGUUUAUUAGUAGGGUAGCAAUAUAGACAGACAUCCAUGGUGGUCCUGUGGAUGCCCUGUAGUGGUAAUUUUGGAAUAUUGAAUUAUUUAAUUCACCCCUCAUUAUAGUGCAUUAAAUAGAUUAUGGCCCACCAGAUUGUUCAAAGUACAGUAUUUUUAAGUUUACCUGAAAAUGAAAUUAAUUUUAUUGUGUUGAUUUUUGAAGUCCCACUUCUUAAAAAAGUUAACCAGUUUUCUGAUUUUCACAGUAACCAUGGGAGAUGCAGCACUUCUCUGGGGAACGAUCACUCAAACUAUAAUUGCUAAAAUUAAACCUUUAACUAUUAGAAGAUAUUAUAAUGUGUAAAAUGAAGAUAUUAGUAAAUCACUAUAAAGCACAAGAAAAGAAUGUGCCUUGAUGUACAUAUAUUAAGUUGCUAAUUCCAGUUUACUUUAAAAAUGGCCUAAAAGAUAAAGAAUGAAUGAGAUGCCAUGCAUGCGUUAUACCUGCAUAUGUAAUAUUUGCAUUUGCAAAUUUUCUAUUUCAAUAGCUAUGUGGCUGACUUUUGAUUUUAAAUAUUGACAUACAGUCUAUAAUGGCUGUUUAUUUAUAGUAUUUUCAGUUAGUGAAAAUGUAUUUCAGUCUCAUGAAAGUUUGGAAUUGUGUCUUAUGUUUGUUACAGUCUCCACUGUUAGAUUUAAGUAGUUGCAUAAGAACAUUGAUGUGUGUCAUAAUAUGUAAAUAAAAGAUGUUGAAUCUUGUUUAAAAGCUUAA